CUGGCACACGCACAUCCUGCACAUGGGAACGUCGCAUGCAGCCCAGCGGCUGUAGCAAUAAGAAUGUGCUGACGUCCGGCGUGGUGCAAUUCAGCCUUGCGCUUCUGCCAUCCCUCCUGCAACUGAGCUCCAGCUCGCUAUGCUUCUGUCCUCCCUCGCGCUCCUGGCGGCGGCUCGUGCCGUGCAAGGCCAGACCUACGGAACCGAGAUCAACAAUUAUGGCACCGUAGCUUUCAUCCGCACCGGCGAGCGGACGCCGUGGGUGCGUUCCGGGACCGAGACACUGUCCGCGCUGGGCGCGCAGCAGAUGCUCGAGCUGGGGAACAACUUCAGAGGCCGCUACAUCGACCGGAAUUCGGGCGCGACGCGUCUGGGAGUGCGCCCCAUCGAGGGCAUGGCGCCGCACCUCUUGAAUCCCGACCAGCUCUACAUCCAGACCCUCGAGAAGCCGUACCUGGUCGCCGCGGCACAGGCGUUCAUGCAGGGCCUCUACCCACAGUACAGCUUGAACGAGACGAAUAACGGGGUAAGCCCGGACGCGGUGUGGCUGCUGGCGAAUGGCUCGACUGUGGGUUACCCGCUGGACGGUUACCAGUACGCGAACAUCAUGACCAUGAGUGAAAAUGAUCCCGGAAGCAUCUAUCUUGAUGGACAUGAUCAGUGUCCGAGGGCCUGGUUAGAAAGCGCCAAUUAUGAAGGCACGGAGGAUUUUCUCAGCACGCAAGCGGCUGAGAGUGCGUUCUACCAGUCCUUGAGUUUAAGCUGGUUCAACGACGAUCUACCCGAGCCAAUGCUCGACUAUAGCAACGCGUAUGGCAUAUACGAUUCAUUGGCAUACCAUAAAACUCACGACAUCAACACCUCAAAAGAUCUCAACAAUCCUGACAACGCUGGCGUCUUCGACAAAGUCGAAGCUCUUGCCAACCAGGAUGCAUACUACCGCUACGGCAACGUCAGCUCAGACACCGACUCGACGAGCGCCACCCGCGCGAUAGCAGGCAGGACAGCCGCGGGUCUCAUCACCAAGCGCUUCGAGAAGAUAGUCGACAAUGAAGGCAACACCACAAACGGCAUGUCGCAGCCGCUGAACCUCCUCUUCGGCGAAUACGACGUCAUGCUGUCCCUCCUCUCUGUCCUGGACGCAGACUACUACCAGUCCGGCAGCAUCCGCCAGGAAAUACCAGAUUUCGCAUCCGCCCUUAUUUUCGAGCUCUUCACCACGGGCAACAACACCGCCGACAAUGCAGACAACCUCUGGGUCCGAUUCUCGUUUCACAACGGCACCGACGGCUACACGGACACCGCGCCCCAGGCGUACUCCAUCUUCCGCAACGGACCGUCUCACGAUGCAAUCACCUGGCGCGAAUUCUCGGAUAGCAUGGCGAGAGUUACCAUUCGCCAGAGCCGCGACUGGUGCGAGGCGUGUAGUAGCCAGAGCGUGUUCUGCCCGGUCGUCGAUACGACUGGCUCGCUCACCACGGCGGAGACUCCGCGCUCCAAGAUCUCCCCCGUGGUCGCCGGUGUUAUCGGCGCCGUCGUAACGCUCGCGGUGGCAGCUCUGCUCUUUGGUCUCGCCAUGCUGCUCGGGGGUCUCCGCAUGCACCGCGUCGAGCGCCGCCGACACUCGUCCUCCCUCGGCGGGUUCAAGGGGAGUGCGAAGUUAGCGUCUGAUCCCGACCUGGGGCUUGCAAACAAAGGCGUUGUGCCCGCGAGCAACGAUCCCUUUGCUGAUCCUGCCCCUAGUGCUGGCGUUGGUGCAAAUAAGAGAGUCAUGCACGAGCGCGUGGGCAGCUGGGAGUUGCGCGCGAAAGAAGGCCCGAGCCAGGGUGAGAGUCCGCGUGGCAGCUUUGAGGCUAUUGAGGCGGCGAUGGGGAGGCCUGUUCAGGCGGUGCAGCCGCUCGAGAGGAUUUGAAUAGGUAUUUGUGAGACAGAGGAUGGUAGGUGUGACGGUAGCCCGGUAGAGAUGGGUUGUUGAGCAGACAACGUGUCGCGAAGACAUACGCGUAGGUGCUAGAACGAUUGUUUGAUGUUCCUGCAUACAUGGGGGAAAGGCGAGGGGUUGUGGAGGUGAGGACAUUCGUUUCUUACGAUCUUGAUACCCCGGCUUUGCAUUGCAAGUGCCAUUUUUCAUUUUCCUUACAGGUACAUUCACGGAUGGGAUGGACACACUCUCUUGGGACGGACGUAUCGAGUGUGUGAGGAGAUGCGACAUUUGAAUUGCAGUUCAUGUAGUCGCAGAAGUAUUCAACACAUUACCACUGAAGAGUUGAUUA